UUAAACCGCCGCUACACUUAUUUUGUUUUUUAGCAAACUCUGAUUUAAUUCCAUCCAAGCCAUCUCUCACAAAUUAGAAUCAUCUUCUUACACUCUCCCGCCCCAAUAAAUCCUUUGACCCUCUCUUUGAUCAGAUUGGAGGUUUGAACGAACAUCGUCCUUUCCUCAAAUUAGGGCUUGAAAUCAUGAUUUCUUCAAUUGUUAUGAUUUCGUGAUUUCCAUUUUCAAUUGUAUAAACGCCAUUUUUGUUGCUUUGCUUCUUAGGAGAAGCCUAUAUCGGGCAACAAAAAUGAGGUUCGUGAAAUGGCCACGAAAAGGGUGGAUGAAAUGGAGGUUUGCCUCUGAAGUGUUGUGCGACAAGAAGGUGCCACCAAAACUCAAAGGUAAGUUCUACAAAGUGAUGGUUAGGCCGACUAUGUUGUAUGGGGCGGAGUGUUGGCCAGUCAAAAAGUCUCACAUUCAGAAGAAAGUGGCGGAAAUGAGAAUGCUGCGAUGGAUGUGUGGGAACACUAGGAGCGAUAGGAUUAGGAAUGAAGUUAUCCGAGAUAAGGUAGGAGUAGCUUCAGUGGAGGACAAGAUGCGGGAAGCGAGGCUGAGAUGGUUUAGGCAUGUGAUGCGGAGAGACACAAAUGCCCCAGUGCGGAUGUGCGAGAGGCUGGCUAUGGAAGAUUUCAGAAGAGGUAGAGGUAGGCCGAAGAAGUAUUGGGGAGAGGUGAUUAGACAGGACAUGGCGCAUCUUCAGCUUACCGAGGACAUGACCUUAGAUAAGAGGGUAUGGAGGACUCAGAUUAGGAUAGAAGGCUAGUAGGUAGUCGCGUAGGACUCAGAUUAGGGUAAAAGGCUAGUAGGUAGUCGUGUUUAUCCUUUCUUGCGAGUAGUUGCAUUGAUCCUUAGUUUCUUGCCCCUUGAUUUGUGCGAGUAUCUGUUUGCACAGAAUGAUUUAUCAUAGCUUAUUCACUUUAGUUGUUUUCAUUUUCAUAAUUGCUCUUGGAUUGUUUACCCAUAUCUAACCUUUCCUAUGUUUUUUCUUGAGCCGAGGGUCUUUCGGAAACAGCCUCCCUACCUAAGGUAGGGAUAAGGUCUGUGUACAAUCUACCCUCCCCAGACCCCACAUUGUGGGACUCACUGGGCAUGUUGUUGUUGAUUGUAGUUAAAGAAAACAAUAAGUGUCAUUUGUUUAUUGAUUUAGUUUAAACACCUGGUGCAGAUAAAUUUUACCAUCAUAAUAUUAUGAACAUUGCUAGAAGAAUUGUACCGAGAAUUUUAUACACCUCCAUCUUAAUUGGUGGAAUAAUCAUAUCAGUCAUAAUUUCAUUCUCCUUUAAUUAGUUAAAAACUCAUAUUUCAAUGCAUAAUAAUUUACAAUGUUGGGCUUCUACAACAACACAAAUCUAACUCAGAAGUUCAAGCUAUAAUACAGAAACCCAUAUCCUCUCUUUACAAAUGAUAACAUCAGAAAUUAUCCAAAUAAUACCACUAUCAGUUCACCUCACCACACUUUCUUAGGGGUCAUAAGCCCAAGAACUUCUUCCCAAAGCCCAACACUUCCCACAUCAGAAAGCCCAAUUACACUUGGACUACAGGCUGCUACUGUCCAAUAACCAGCUUUAAUCUCAUCCCUCAACUGAUCUCUUUCCCAUCCACAAUACCCAUCAAAGAACCUAAAAUUGUCAAGCCCAACUAUAUCCCUUUUUACCAUUUCAGAAGCACAACCCACACUCUCUUUUGUCCCAUAAAACAAAC